AUGGGUCAUCAUUCUUGCUGCAAUCAGCAGAAGGUGAAGAGAGGACUUUGGUCUCCAGAGGAAGACGAGAAGCUCAUUCGAUACAUCACUACUCAUGGUUAUGGAUGUUGGAGUGAAGUCCCUGAAAAAGCUGGGCUUCAAAGAUGUGGAAAGAGUUGUCGGUUGAGAUGGAUUAACUAUUUGAGACCAGAUAUUAGAAGAGGAAGGUUUACUCCUGAAGAAGAAAAGCUCAUUAUUAGUCUUCAUGGCGUCAUUGGCAACAGAUGGGCACAUAUUGCAAGUCACUUGCCUGGAAGAACAGACAAUGAGAUAAAGAACUACUGGAAUUCAUGGAUAAAAAAGAAGAUUCGAAAGCCAGCAAAUUCCACACUUUCAAUAUCCACAACUACAACCGUCACCACUUCUACUACUACCCCCAAUCAUCAGCAUUCGAACUUAAAAUAUGCCCCGGACCAACUAGAUGCUGUAAUUCAAGAUUUAACAACAACAGCAAGGCCAGCAGCUCCAGUUCAUCAAGAAACUCCAUUAUUUUCCACUACUCCUCCCCCUUCAGCAGCCUUAUUUAUGUUCGACACUACAACUCAACUUGAUUGUUUCAUUGCCAAUAAUUUCGUGCAACGAGAAUUGUCGCUGCAUGAACCAGCAAGCUUGGCAUCUGGAGAUAUAUGGAAUAAUAAUUCAUCAAACAACCAUCAAGCACAUCCUCCUCCAAUGUCUUUUACGACAGUUGGGAUUGAUUCGAAUUGUAAUUACUUGCCUCCAUUGAUAGAUACUAUGGAAACUAUGGUGCCACUUCAAAUGCAACCAUGUAGUAUGGAUCAUGAUCAGGAAAGAGAGAUGGCAUUGAAUUGCUUAGAAAGGCAGGAUCAUGAGUUGAUGAACGAAUGGGUUGAUUCGCAACAUUGUUCGAAUAAUUUUCUAUUUUGGGAUGAUAAUAUUGUUCAAGGACAAGUACUUGGUGGAGGAGGAUCAGAAGAUCAGAUUGCAGCACCAGCUCCAUCCAAUGAUAUUGGAGACAGUACGCAAUUGUCUUCAUUUCCUUCAUCACUAUAAGAUAUCUAUGCAUAUAUUUAUAUUUAUAUAUAUGUGGUGGUGACAAACGAGUUUGAUUUAUCUUAACCUAGAGAGAGAAAUUUGAAAAUGGUCCUUCAGGCUUUGUAAGACGUACGGCUUGUUCUUUUUGAUUAAUUUUCCUUUCUAUUUUUUAACUUCUCACUUGACAGA